AUGAUACCUUCAGAUCAGGAGACAAUAUCCCUGAAGCGGGCUGAUAGACGGAUUGAUCACAGGGACAAUCUUGUUGCAACGGGUAUCGGUACUGAUAUUCUGGGUGGCCUACGUACAAAGGGUAGAUAUAUACCGCUCGAUCAACAGACGUCUGAGAGCUCCUGGGGAAUUGUGCAUCUAUACCGAGAUACGCAGGAGACGCCAUAUCUAACUGAGGAGGACUAUCCCUUAUACCUGAAAGGUUCCGCUGCUGCAAGACAACCAUACGAUGAACUGGGUGGGGGUAGCAAACCGCGGCAGAAUGCAUAUGGUGAAGAACAGUCUUCCUCCUUGCAUCCCGAUGACGAAUGCACGACCCUAUGUAUACUUGCCGUUCCGUCCUAUAUGUCACCAUCGGACUUUCUAGGGUUUGUCGGGGAGGCGAGUAUGGAUAACGUUAGCCAUUUUCGGAUGAUCCGGACUGCCAGAGCGAAUCGGUAUAUGGUCUUGAUGAAAUUUCGCAGUGGGAAGAAGGCCAAAGAGUGGCAAAAGGAAUGGAAUGGGAAGGUCUUCAACAGCAUGGAACCUGAAACAUGCCAUGUCGUGUUCGUGAAAACAGUAGAAAUCCAAGCCGUAGAUUCCCAAACGCAGCAUGGGGGUACCGCCAAUCAUCAAAGCUCUCUCUUAUCGCAUUCCGCGACCAGUCCCCAGCGUGCAACCAUAUCCUCUACAGGACAGUCCGGCUCCAUAUCUUCGGCUACACUAUCAACAAGACCUCUUGCGCCUCCCACACCGGCCCUCAUCGAGCUACCAACAUGCCCCGUUUGUCUAGAACGCAUGGACGAGACCACUGGCCUGCUGACUAUCAUUUGUCAACAUGUUUUCCAUUGCACCUGCCUACAGAAGUGGAAAGGUAGUGGGUGUCCCGUCUGUCGCUACACGCAAGACGAGUUUCGCAGAAGCAGUCAGUGUGCGCUCUACGAAGACGAACAGGCCGAGUGCAGCGUGUGCCAUUCCGAUAUCAACCUCUGGAUAUGCCUAAUUUGCGGGAGUGUCGGUUGUGGUCGUUACGAUGGCGCGCAUGCCUUUGACCAUUACAAAGAAACCUCCCACGCGUUUUCCAUGGACCUAGGUACGCAGCGUGUCUGGGAUUAUGUGGGCGACGCAUAUGUUCAUCGUAUCAUACAAAGCAAAACCGACGGCAAACUUGUGGAGCUCCCUGCUGCAGACAACAGUGCACUUGACCCUCCAGACUGGACUGAUGCAGUGCCUCGGGAAAAGCUAGAGAACAUGAGCGUAGAGUAUACUCAUCUUCUCACAAGCCAGCUUGAGAGCCAGCGAGCCUAUUUUGAAGAGAUUGUCGAGCGCGCCGUUGACAAGGCUUCGCAGGCCAGCGCGGCAGCAGCCUCGGCGCAAGAAGCAGCCGACAAAGCCACCGCAAGCUUACUCUCAUUACACGCGCAACACGAUAAGCUGAGCAAUGAGACUCUGUCUACCCUCGAAAGGGACAAGACCCGUGCCGAGAAACGUGCAGAGAAAUUCGAAGCCAUGGCUCGCAAAAUGGAAAAGGAGUGGCGAGAGGAGAAAACAAUGAACGAAAGUUUGAUGCAGCGCAUUGAACACCUGACCUCGGAAGUUGAAAGUCUUAAAGCGACGAAUGCAGACUUGACCGAGCAAAACAGGGACCUUACGUUUUUCAUCAGCGGCUCUGAACGACUUAAGAAUGAAGGCGAGGAUAUCGUUCAGGGUACUAUCAGUGUUCCCGAACCCCAGACCAGCAAGAAGAAAUGUAAAGGGAAGGGACGAAGAUAA